UUUGAUGUUUUUUUUCCGGGAGUGUGUUCUUUCGCAAUCCUUUCGAUUUGCGGACGGGACGAGGUGAAAGUCCCGAAGCGGUGCGUGCGUGUCUUUGAACCGCAACCUGAUGCGUUGAGCAGCUGCGUGACUGUCUGCGCCGCCGCAGUCGGGCUCUCUCUCUGUCAACGUGAGCUGCCAGCAGCAGCAGCAGCAGCAGCGGCGGCUCACACUCACCAGCCGGUCACGGUGGUCCAGGAAGGGACACGUCAGGACGGCGGAGCGGACUUUGACGGGCGGCAGCAUGGAGACGGCGCUAUAGGACACUUUAUCAGCAGCUCCCCGCUGAACGAACCGAAAGACGGACACCAUGAACUACGUGGGACAGCUGGCCGGUCAGGUCCUGGUGACGGUCAAAGAACUGUACAAGGGCAUCAAUCAGGCCACGCUGUCAGGCUGCAUUGAUGUCGUGGUCGUCCGCCAGAGAGACGGCACCUUUCAGUGCUCCCCCUUCCAUGUGCGCUUCGGCAAGCUGGGGGUCCUGCGCUCCAAAGAAAAAGUGAUCGACAUUGAAGUGAACGGAGAGCCUGUGGAUCUACACAUGAAGCUGGGGGACAACGGAGAGGCGUUCUUUGUCCAGGAAACUCAACAGACCAACCAGAUUAUCCCUGCCCACUUGGCCACCUCCCCCAUUCCCACUGAGAGUCACAUGUUCUGGAUCUCUGAGGUGGAGAGCAGGGCAGCGAAAAAGAUGCAGGACGACCCCGGCGACCCAGAAGACCCACCUGAGCCCCCCGCCCCCAGCACGCUGGCCACAAAGAAGAAGAAGAGACGGAGAAAGAAGCACAAAGGCGACCCUCGCAGAGAGGAGCUGACCCCGCCCAUUUCUCUCUCUGCUGCUGCUGCAACUGCUGCUGUGUCCUCGGGCCAAAACGAGGAGAUCUUUGAGAUGGACCUGAGUUCUGACGAAGAAACCGCUGCACAUAUUUCAAGGUCACCCUCAGACAACGCCGUGCCCGACAUCGACCCAAAGUUACCUGCAGCCCGGCACAACUUCAGCGACUACCCGCUAUCUGACGGGGAAUGGCCGGCGUGUGAAGGUCAUGGCUUGUCUCAGGCCUUCUCUCCAAAGAGCGACUCCGAGCUGGUGAGGAGGCCGUCGGAGACGUUACUCAGAGCCGAGUCCCACAUGCAGUGGACCUGGGGAGAGUUUCCAGAAACCACCAGGGUCACCAAGAAAGAAAGGCAAGAAUCCCGAAAAACCGUGACCAUCACGCCGUCGGACAGCACCCACUUCCGUGUCAUCCUGAGCUCAGAGGCCAUGGAGAAAGACGCCGAGACGGAGAAGGAAGACACCGUCCUACCCGUCUGCACCAUCGUCAGGCCUGAGCCGCGGACGCCGACCGCCAUUGUAACACCCGAGGGUCAGCUCUCAGCCGACAACACCGCGUCCUCUCUGAGUCCUAUCACCCCCACCGAGGCCCUCGCCAUCCUCCCGUCCAGCGUGGCCACGUCCACUCCUGCCAACAACCAGCUGACUGAUUCGCCCUCCAAGAAGAAAGGAGUUCCAAAGAGGAGCCAGCAUCAGGGUCCAGAGGACAUCUACCUGGACGACCUGAACGUGCUUGAACCCGACGUGGCUGCACGCUAUUUUCCCAAGAGUGAGUCUGAAGCAGCAAACAAGCACUGGAUGGACUCAGAGAUCCGCUCCGGUUCUCAGUCUCCUCAGUCGGUGGGCAGCGCCGCCGCCGACAGCGGGACCGAAUGUCUGUCCGACUCGGCCGGCGACCUUCCUGAUGUCACCCUGUCUCUGUGUGGCGGUCUGUCAGAAAACGCCGAGAUAUCUAAAGAGAGAUUUAUGGAGCACAUCAUCUCAUAUCAUGAAUUCGCUGAGAAUCCAGCAAUUAUCGAUAAUCCCAACCUGGUGGUAAAGAUAGGAAACAGAUAUUAUAACUGGACGCUCGCUGCACCUUUGAUCUUAAGUCUGCAAGCAUUUCAGAAGAAUUUACCAAAGGCUACAGAGGAGGCUUGGGUGAAGGAAAAAAUGCCAAAGAAGUCGGGCCGCUGGUGGUUCUGGCGGAAGAGGGCAGACAGUACAAUCAAACAGUCGGAGGCGAAGCUUGAAGCUAAGGAGGAGUGUCAGUCGAUGGAUGAAGGAGCCUCCAUAUCUCAGGAGAAACUGGACUUACCCUCCAAAGCAGGAGACACGUCCAGCGAUGAGGAGGCGAAGGAGGUGAGUGCCGUGUCCUGCCAGGCUGCAGACGCUCAGCUCCACCCCGGCCCGCAUACGUACAGGAAAUCUCUGCGCCUUUCCUCGGAGCAGAUUGCCAAUCUGAAGCUGAAGGAGGGGCCGAAUGACGUGACGUUCAGCAUCACCACUCAGUACCAGGGCACCUGCCGCUGCGAAGGCACCAUCUACCUGUGGAACUGGGACGACAAGGUCAUCAUCUCCGACAUCGACGGCACCAUCACCAAGUCGGACGUGUUUGGACAGAUCCUUCCACAGCUGGGCAAAGACUGGACCCACCAGGGCAUCGCCAAGCUGUACCACUCGGUGGCUGAGAAUGGUUACAAGUUCCUGUACUGCUCGGCGCGGGCCAUCGGCAUGGCGGACAUGACCAGAGGUUACCUGCAGUGGGUCAACGAUGGCGGCAUCAUCCUGCCGCGGGGGCCGCUCAUGCUCUCCCCCAGCAGCCUUUUCUCUGCGUUCCACAGGGAGGUCAUUGAGAAGAAGCCAGAGAUCUUCAAGAUCGAAUGCCUUACAGACAUCAAGAACCUGUUCCAGCAUAACAAGCAGCCGUUCUACGCCGCUUUUGGGAACAGAACUAAUGAUGUUUUUGCCUACAAGGAGGUGGGAGUUCCUGUGUGCCGGAUCUUCACGGUUAACCCCAAAGGGGAGCUGAUCCAGGAGCAGACCAAGGGGAACAAGUCCUCUUACGGGCGCCUCAGUGAGCUGGUGGAGCACGUGUUUCCUCUGCUGAGUAAGGAGCAGAACGAAGCCUUCGUGAUGCCGGAGUUCAGCUCCUUCUGUUACUGGAGACAGCCUCUGCCGGAGAUCAACCCCGACGACCUGCUCUGACCUCCACGGAUGCCCAGGUAGACGUCCGUCCGUCAGAGACGCCUCAGCAUCUUUGGGACACACGGGGACCAGAACGCACAGCACUUUGGCACACAAACAGGGUCUCAUUCACCACAAAUGCUCACCAUGGAGAGGAUGGGCUAACUGAGACUUCCUCCUUCCCUUCAAAUCGAAGCAUUCCUGUCGGGGACCACACGGCUGAAGAUCUGCCUCUUUAGGAGGAUGAUGGAGCAUCCGCGACGCUUUCUAAGCUACGUUUUCCAGGCACAAAAAAAUAACAUUCUAGGUGAAAAUGCGAACUGUUACUUAAAGUAGGAGAGACGCUGAACACCAGGAAGUAGUCAGGCCCCGCCUGUAAAACGGGCUUUAUUCUCUGAGAUGAAAGAAACCUUUCCUUUCCCUCCUGUAGCGAAACGGUGGAGCCGACGUCGAAGCUCCUCCCGAAGUGUCGACCUUUUCUCCACCUGAGUGUUCAGUCUCACCUGUCCACAUGAAGGACACCUCAGUGAUGACCUGCUGAUCAGACGAGCAGCUACCAGGCGAACUGCUGUUUGAAGAGUCCAGUUUAACUUAUUGAUUUUCAUUGUAAUUCUUUUGUUUGUUUGAUGGAGAUUCCGGUCGAAUUUUCAAACCGAUCGUUAACAUGCACUUAUCAAUAACUGUUGAUGAAAGCUGCUUCCUUUGCGGUACGCUCACCUCCACGGCGUCCGCGCAGACACGGACGUGACGGACGGAUGACGGGACGGAGUCCGCCUGCUCGGACGUUUGCACUUUGUUUGAGCUGCAGGUUCCUCACCCGCCUGAUGCUGAACGGAGUAAUUCUGAAGACUUUGAGUUUGUCAUAUCACUUUAAGAGGGAUGUUUGUGUGAGGUGGGGGUCCUUCGGAAUGAAAAACAAAUGUUUUAUCUGGGACGGUGCAAAGCUUGAAGGCUGCAUGAGAGCGUCACAACAGACGUCUGUGUGUUUCCUGGAAAGGAAAAUGAGUUCAGAAAUCAACAGGAAAUACUGGACUCGUUCCAGGAAGUUUGAAGUACGACUGCGACGUUUAGGAAAUCAUUCAUUUGUGUGGAUCUUAUCGUGAGCUGAAGUCGAGGAUGAAGAAGUUUGAAGCACAUUUGAAGCUCUGCGUGUUUCUGUUUCACUUCCGUUUCUUUGCUCGUUCUUUAGAAGGUAUACAGAAGAUUUAUCUUAUAAUUGAAAGUUUAAAAGAGUCCUUUCUUUCUAUGAAAGUAAAGCAUCUUGUGUGAAGACGUCACACUUCCUCCUUCUGAAGUUUGUUUGUGGAAACCGAUCUGGUCUUUCUGUCUCGAUGCCUUCAGUCGUGGUUUCUUCUUGACCAUCUUUAGUGGACACGUUUGUUCGGAUGUAAUUCUUGCUUUUGAUUGUCUGACCCACAGAGAAACUGGAGUGUGUGUUUGUGUUUCAUUUGUACAGAAAUGUUGUUUGAAGAACAAAAUCACUUGUAUAAAGAAGAGAAGGACUAACGGAGUUAACCAAACCAGGCUGGUGAUCAUAUUUGUAAUACAUUUCUAAUUGAAGACAA